AGCACUCUACUGUGUCCACUAAAAGACACACCAUGAACGCCAGAGCCCUUCUCUACUCCUUCUCCCCCAAACCCGAUAUCUCCUCCGUCCCCAAGAGAAGUCUCGCCUCCGCUUUCAGACCCGCCAGCCCACCGGCCCACCUGUUCCGGGUCAACCGGGGGCAGUACUGCUGCUGCUUAGUGCGUGUUUCCAGGAGAGGCGGGAAAGUGUUUGCGGAUGCUAAGUCGGAGCCGUACGAGUUGUCGAAGUCGACGGCGAAGAAGGAGUUGGAGACUUUGGCCGACGAGGUGUCGUGGUUGGAGCAGUUUCCUAAACGAUGGGUUAUUGUCAUUUUGUGCUUCUCCGCUUUUCUACUUUGUAACAUGGACAGAGUAAAUAUGAGCAUUGCUAUACUUCCAAUGUCAGCAGAGUACCAUUGGAACUCAGCAACUGUGGGUUUGAUACAGUCUUCUUUUUUCUGGGGCUACCUCCUCACUCAGAUUGCUGGUGGCAUUUUGGCAGAUACAGUUGGUGGCAAACAGGUUUUGGCAUUUGGAGUUAUUUGGUGGUCUGUGGCUACUGUUCUCACUCCUGUUGCUGCUAAACUUGGAUUGCCGUUCUUACUUGUUACUCGCGCUUUCAUGGGGAUCGGUGAGGGUGUUGCUAUGCCUGCAAUGAAUAAUAUUCUGUCAAAAUGGAUUCCAGUAUCUGAGAGAAGUAGAGCCUUGGCUCUGGUUUACAGUGGGAUGUACAUUGGUUCAGUCACUGGCUUUGCAUUUUCACCAUUUUUAAUACAUCAGUUUGGAUGGCCAUCAGUCUUUUACUCCUUUGGUUCUCUGGGGACAGUCUGGUUUGCUGUUUGGCUAAGUAAGGCAUACAGUUCACCUUCUGAGGAUCCUGAGCUGAGAUCUGAAGAGAAGCAGCUAAUUCUUGCUGGUAAUGUUUCCAAGGAACGUGUAAAAGUGAUUCCUUGGGGACAAAUCUUGUCCAAAGAACCUGUUUGGGCCCUGAUAGUUUCUCACUUCUGCCACAACUGGGGAACAUUUAUUCUUCUUACAUGGAUGCCAACAUACUAUAACCAAGUGCUGAAGUUCAAUCUUACAGAAUCGGGGCUUUUCUGCGUGUUGCCCUGGCUUACAAUGGCAUUCUCUGCAAAUCUUGGAGGGUGGAUAGCAGACACACUUGUGAGUAGGGGUGUAUCAGUAACAAGGGUUCGCAAGAUUAUGCAGACAAUUGGAUUUCUUGGCCCUGCUUUCUUCCUCACACAGUUAAGCCAUGUCAAUUCUCCUGCAAUGGCUGUGUUAUGUAUGGCAUGCAGUCAGGGAUCUGAUGCCUUCUCACAAUCCGGUCUAUAUUCAAACCAUCAAGAUAUUGCUCCACGAUAUUCUGGAGUAUUGCUUGGUCUAUCCAAUACUGCUGGAGUUUUGGCAGGCGUCUUAGGAACGGCAUCAACUGGUUACAUUCUGCAACAUGGUUCAUGGGAUGAUGUAUUCAAGGUUUCAGUAGGCCUUUAUCUGUUUGGAACUGUUGUCUGGAAUGUUUUCUCAACUGGCGAGAAGAUCAUAGAUUAGUUCAUGGAUAACUUGAUCCUAUAGAAACACCCGGCACUUCAAUCCUUAUAUAGAAGAGUUACUGGAGGAGAGAAGCAGGAAAAUGCCAAGAAAUUCAAUUGUGAAGGAAAGCGCUAUCUGUUUAAUGAAAUUCUUGGUCUUCACAAAAAAAUGUUAAAAGAUUUUGACAACAAGAAGCAUGGAGCUCGAUAUCGGAAAGGUAAAGUUCUAGCUAGAGGGAUUGAUGCUGCAUUUAAAGUUUCAUAAGUUGGUUGCAUUUCAACCAUAUAAAUCAAGGAUCAAUACACAGCAAACUGACCCCAACACAUCAUGUAAAUGAUAAUAUUGAAUACUCUCUAACACUUCGACUUUGUGAUACGAGCUGCAUG